GUUUACGUUGGAGAGUCUUGCAGGGUGACAGCCCAACGCAAGGCUGCGCAGGAUACGAGACCCCCGCGCGAAUAAAAAGUGUUUAUUAUAAUCAGACGUCCCGACAUUAAUGCGCAUUGUAUUAAUGUAACGUUUUAAUAAUGGCCGCGGAGUUUUUAGUGAUGUUGUAUGAGUAUUCUCCUCUCUUUUACAUUACUGUCAUAUCAGUAUGUUUCAUUAUCACCGUGGCUGUUGUGCUGGGCUGGUUUGGAUUUGACGUCCCGGUCAUUUUACGCAGCUCGGAUGAGACUGAAUCUCUAACACCCGUCCCUGAGAGGAAGAUGGUACGGGUGACCAAUCCCUUCGCUUUGGAGCUGGACUCUGCGGCUGCUACAGUAUCUGAGGGUGUGAGGUUACGGCCGUAUUGUCUCGAAGACUGUGUCCUCAGCUGUUUCUGGGGCUGCGGGGUCCAGGCUCUUCAGGCGGCCCUUCAGAGUCACCAGCACGGGCUCCGGCUCCAGACUCCGGAGCUGUUUCAGGAGGCUCUGGAGCUAAGCUACCUCCACCACCACAUCUUCAAUAUACAUAAAGAAGAAAAAGAAGAAUACUUCACCCAGAUGCCCAGAGAUCUCGGGGUAGCAGAUUUGGGCUUGCUCCCCCGGGAUCGAUACCCCUUGGUGGCUGUGCUCACGCUAGCCCAUCCAGAAACCAGAGAAAGCUACAACAUUGUGGCCAGCGUGACGGUCCUCCACGUUCCUGACGACAAAUACAGACUCUCAGCGAGGAUCCUGUUUCAGUAUCUCCUCACGGCACAAGGGAAUCUGUACGAUCUGAAGCCUCUCUUCAUGUCAGCAGACAACAGCAACUUGUGUGGAACCGCAGAGCCUUCGACUAGCGCACAAGCGGCGGAGCCACAGCCGGAAAGGCCGGGCGAGAAGGGGGAGGAGUCUGAUUCAGAAGGGGAGUGGCCGGAUAGCCAAGGCAGGGACUGCGUGGUGUGUCAGAACGCACCGAUCAACAGAGUGCUGCUGCCGUGCAGACACGCGUGUGUGUGCGACGGCUGCGUGUGCCACUUCCAGCACUGUCCCAUCUGCCGGGCGUUCGUCUUCGAGUCUUUUGCUCUGGCUAACCAACCAGCUCGCGAGGAGGAGGAGGACGAUUUAUCUACAGAAGACUAAACCCGUGUAAACCUAGUAUUAAAAGCAAGCCCUUGCUGGAAAGGCUAAACUCGGAAAGGAUCGUAGCGUCCUCAAGGUAAGAAGAUGCAGGCAGCUGACCUUUGACCCCG